CCACACUAAAACCAGUCAAACCGUAUGUCUUUUCGCACUUAGACGAAACAGGUUGUCGUUAAAAAAAAAUCUGAUCUGUUUAGCUAAUGCACAACGAAUAAACACGAUGACAAACAAGCGAGCCUGUAAGUGGUGAAUGCUCGAUGAUGUAAAGUUAGUGAAACACUAAUAUCGUGUAUGGUGAAUGCUCAGAGACACCACUGGAAUUGUGUACACCAGUUGUGCGAAUAUGUUGUUCUUACUUCUCCCCUGCAUAUCCUUGCAGGUUUUUGCUCUCGCUAACACCACGAAUUAUGAGGCUUAUGUUAUACUACCACAUAAUUUGUUUGUGGAGCAUGAGAACCUAAUAUUGAUCAGAACCACAAAUGCUGCAUCCACCGUACACACAAAGACAGUCAUUCCGGACUUGUCGAAUGCCACCGUAGACGAUCGAGUUGACCAAAUCGUCUACCUGCCUGACGGCACCUCUGGAGUGGAUAUACCCUACACACCUCGAGUGUUGCCUUUUCCUAAUACUGCCAUGGAAGUGGCACUUUGGUUCACAGUUCAUUUUUGUCUGAACCAAAAUUGUGAUAAUGUAUUGAGAAAGACCCUGACCGGACAUGCGAAUAUUAUACGGAGAGAGGUGGCGAUUCUUGGCGAAGCAGAGAGAGAUGUGUACCAUUCUGAGGAGACAGUUAGAUUUAGCUUCAUUGCGCUGCCGCCGCACAUCGUUAUGUCGCUGCCACACGCGGUCGAGUAUCCUCCCAUCAAAUUCGGUUAUGAUGAGAAUGGACAACCGUAUUUGAGUGAGUUUACAGCGGAAGAAGCAGCCAAUAUGACAGAGAUUUUGUUCCAUGAAAUCGAAGUUCUUGAUUCUCGUGGUAUGUUUAUGCACCGAUGGGUAAGCGUCUCUCCGAGAAUUGCCCUCAACAUGACGUACACUCCACCCUCAAAAGCUAUCAGUGGAAAGUGGAUGAUAAUUGCUAGAAUACGUUUUGAGUUCAAAAUGAUCUCAUUUACUGUUGUUGGACAUUCGCGACCCAGUUAUAACAUUAAUAUCCGCCUACCAGAACAUGAAGUGACCUACGACACACCUUUGAUACCCGUGACCGUGUGUGUCAGCCAUGUGGAUGGAAGACCCGCGUACGGAAAACUGGAUAUCAGCGUUUGCGUAUGCAGUGCACAUGCGGAUGGACGUAUUCUCAAAGGUCAUGCAGAGGACCCAGUAGGACAGAGGAUAUGCAGGAGCGUAUUGCCUCCAUACGUACCGCGCCCAUGUGCUCACGUUCAGACAUUUGUGCCAUCCAGUGGCUGCUACUCAGGGAACGUUUCAUCAGCCUCUUUAAACUAUGCUGACCCUGCUCAUCCAGUAUGGCAUCAAAGAUUAGUAAUUUGUGCAAAACUGAGAGAAGUAAUCACUAACACUUCCAUGGAAAAUUGCAAGGUCGGAAACGAAAUGUAUUGGAAGACCCCAGUAGUUAAUCUUGAGUUGCCAAGUGAGUUUCAGUAUGGGCUACCUAUCUGGGGGUAUGUUAAAUUCGAUCAUCCCACGAAUGCAUCCGGUGCACGGAUUCAAAUUAAGGCAAACGAAAUAGACGAAUGUGAGUACAGUGUACCCAAUACCAGAGCUAGCUAUCGUCACACAGAUUUGUUGCGUACAGACAAAGAUGGCCGAGCUGUAUUUGUACUGAAACCGAUAGUGUCGAACAAACCAAUCAAAGUUGCGGCCAUUUAUUCCAUCGAAGGUAACCAACGGUUGAGUUAUAUGGAAUCGUGGCCACCCAGACCGGAUACAACGUAUGCAGGUGACUUCGUGACCUUGCGUCCUUGGCUAAAUGGACAACGUAUCUCGAUGCAAAUGUGGCCACCAGGUAGGCCAAUACGUGCCACAUGCUCAGGUCUAGUGAACUUCGGAAUUAUUGCCAACACACGCUUAUCUAACAAGACCAUGUACGUACACUCAGUGAUUAGAGGGAAGGUUGUCCGGUGGAGAAUCCAGCCGAGUGUUAUUAAUGAAUUGCCUUGUCACGACCAAGAUGGUGCACUUGGACAUUACAUUUGUCUGCAACCCAAUGGAAACGCAGUGCAGUGCCUUCCGGGUUGGACAGGUCUUGACUGCCUCCUGCCUAUUUGUACUCCUGAUUGUCAUCCCCGCGGUGGAUACUGUGAACAACCAUAUCAAUGUGAGUGUUUCCCAUACUGGACUGGUCGCAAUUGCAACAUCUGCACGGCAAGAAAUAAAAGCAUGUGCAAUGGAAAUGGAGGAAGUUUAUUGGGGAUUUCACAAGAAGAGGCUUCCAACUCAACAGAAAAUGUCGAAGCGGAGGAUGAACGAAGUACUGAUGUAGAGAAUGACCUUGAACUCGACAGCGGUACGCUCGUGCAAUCUACUCGGACGCUUUAUCAAGCGGAAAUAUCGUUUUUUGUCGGCAGUUCUUGGCGCCCUAAACUUGUUGCAGUGAUGUACUUCGUUGAUCGCACGGAUUCUGGUAACAGCUUGGUGUCCAUGCCUAUUGAACUAACGAACCAGUCUAUCUGUUCCAGUGAGUCAACUGGUAAGCAGCGUGGAUUUGGGUUGACAGGCUUGUGGUUCGAUCGCCAGACAGCAUCACCUGGGCAAAAUGUACAAUUGAUAAUCAUCCCACAGGGGGCGGACAACACUUCAACCGGAGGGCUUUACAAAAACGAAGACCAGUUAGCAGAUCAGCUAUGUUUCCUUCAAAUAAGCCCAGCCGUAACAAAAGAGCCCUCUAAUAUUAUUUCAUCUCCUGUCACUCACUUCAUUUAUCCCAAUUGGCAUGUUGGUGAUACAGUCGCAAAUCACUUUUCCAAUGCGAAGUUGACACAUCUGUCCACCGUUAACGAGCAGUUCUCACAAGAAGAAAGUACGGUCUGCCACGGUGGCAGCGUAGAGAAUGUUCCGGUGUGGAAGAACGCCCUUCUAACAUCCUCUCUCCCAUUUCCCGCUGACGUUUGGAGUGGCAGCACUCAGGAUUCAAUAAAUGCUGACCAGGUGGGGAUGCAUUUACCCGACGCGUGGGUAUUGGAUAUUUUACCGGUUACAACGCUUCGACAACCGAGUGGAUUCCUUGUGUAUGGAUCACAUGCCAGCCUGUUGGCACCAAGUGCUACCAUGACUUGGCGGGCAUCAGUCUUUUGCACUACUAAAGGCAACGGCGUGUGGAUUCCGUCACCGACGCUCUUGACUGUCCAACCACCUGUACAAAUAAGUCUCAACCUACCAAGUCGAAUGAAGCGUGGCGAAAUUGUCUACUCUUCCUUGAGGCUAGCCGUCCCGGCACGCGGGCCCAAAUGCAUUGCAUUACAUGUAAGUAGUGAAAUUAAUGAAACGGAUUGGAAGCUAAUGGGACCAAAAGCGUAUAGCGGAUGUUUAGGAGCUGGGGAAAACCUCACUAUCCCCUCACAGUUACUCGCACUUCGAGUAGGAUUGAUGAAUUACACAGUAGGUAUUCGAGUCAUUCCUGAAAGUGCGGUAUGCACAAGCUUGUAUGGAAUCCGUCCAAACAAAUCGGAUUCUUUUAUAUUCAACAAGCUAGUUUCGCAACAAAUUCACGUGGAAGCAGAAGGAGUGGCGAAUACUAUGCUUGCCAGUGAAGCACUUUGUCCGCCUUCACCGAACAAAGUGGUUAAACGCUCUUUUCAAUUUGUUGUACCCAGCACUGCUGUACCGCAGUCCAUACGCGUUAGUUUACUUUACUCGACUGACCUAGCUGGUCUCAACUUGCGCUCCAUUGACCCUCCCCACUUGAUGCAUGAUCUGUCAUGGAGGGACGUUCCAGCUCUGCUAGCAACCAGUCUAUACGCUCUGGAAUUAUGUCAAAUCAACCACCAUGAGGAUACAAGUCAGCUGGACUAUCUACGACGUUGUGCCAGAAGUCAGGUGACCAGUAUUUCUCAAUGGUUAUUAGAACGAUGUUUAAUCAGUGAGUCCGUUAUUCCCAUUUGUGCCAUUCGAGACCAAUCUAGCCUUUGGUUUGCGGCUAUAAUACUUCGGACCUUCGCUAAAGUUGCUAAAAUCGAACACCACCUGCCUGUUGACUGGAAAACAACAAAUAACAAGUUAGUAGCGUACUUGGAGUCAUUUAUAAGUAUCAAUGAACCUGGUUGUCUUGCAAUCGCGGCCAUUUUUCAUAAGCAGCAGCAUCCUAAUUCAUCUGUGCAUGAUGCUCUAAAACUCACUGCACAGAUCCUCCAAGCCUUUCAUGAGGUGAUAGACACGAAAGCUGAGGAGGAACCCAGGGAGUUGGAAAGAAACAUUACCAGAGUAUGGAGUUGUUUUAAGCACCAGUUGACUGCCCUUCAGAGAUCACAAAACGAUACCUUAUCGAUGUCCCCGUAUGACAUUGCCCUGUUUGCAUACACAGUCAGUCUGUUUGAAUCGUCUGGUCCGCUUAGCAAGCUACUGCAAAGUAGCGUGAGGCGCCGCCGACGUUCGUUGCUGUCUCCGGGAGCUGACGUGCAUAGAUUUUGGUUGGCCCGACCCAAUGAAAAAAUAUCACUGGGCUACUCGGUGACUGCUGCAGAUAUUGAGACAACCUCAUAUGCUUAUUUGGCACUGAGACAGGGCAAUGAAUCCAUAAACCAACUGCUUUCCACCUUUCGAUGGCUAGUUACACAACAGACAGUCAACGGCUGGUUUUCAUCCACGCCUGCUACCGUUCUCGGUCUGGAGGUACUAAUGGAUGGCCUGAAACAUCUGUUAUCUAAUCAACCCGACAGCAAACUGGCCCCUGCUGCGGUUUCAGUUUCCAUUAAUUCACUCAAUUACACUCACUUCGAAUGGUUGACUGACCACAGUGUCGGCUCGUUCAAGACAUUGAUGGUACGACCCAACGCAGUAGCUGAACGUCUUGAUAUUCAGUGGGAGUUAGACGUGAGCAAUAGCCAAGCCACCAACUGUCUGUUUCUGCAAACUAUUGUCAGUUUUCACAUACCGGAACGAAACACAUCAUUAAUAUCGACGUAUUCCAUCACGGUGAAUACAAGUCGGAGGGGUGAACUACCGGCAGAUACGUGUAGGUUCGCUGACCUAGAUAUUUGUAUAGUAGCUUCCCCAGAUUCGAGCACGCAUAUUUUCCCGAAAACAUUUGUAACUGAGGUCCACCUGAUCACGGGAUGGGAGCCGGUGCGGCAUGCCGUUCUGCAGCGUAUCAGCACACAAACAAGAGGUUCGUUUGACGUGAUUAUCGAACAGGAUCAUCCCACUAUUUUAUUGUACUUUGACGGAUUCACUCCAGACGAGGCUUUGUUGGCUGGUGGUUGGGCUUCUGUGAGCCGAUGUUUCACCAUACAAAUGGAACAAAAGUUUCCGGUGCGAAAUGUAAGACCUGGAGUCAUACGAGUCUUAGAUGCAGUGGAUCCCAAAACAUUUGUCUCGGCAACUUACUCGUUCGCUCCAUGCGAAUCGAUGAUCCGAACCAAUGAAUGCUCACGAAAUACGUCUAGUAAGAAUGAAUCUGAAGCAAUUCAGAGCAGUGAAGUGGCAGGUGUUAGGAAUGCCACAUGUCCGAUCUGCACCCUGACGAAAGACACAUAUAAACCGUUUUUACGGUUGCUGAUCUCCUCAUUGUGUACCACAUCCUCGGAAAAUGUCUUGAUACUGCAAAUUCACGAAGAACACGAUGGAUUAAUCAAAGCCACUGUGAACACGGUUACACCAUGUGGUCUCAUCACGAGUCAAAACGUCACUAUGAGCAUGAAGUUGAACUCCUCUUGCAAUUGCACGCGGGACGAAAACACAAAGACCUUCGCGUUAUUUGCUGCCGGUGCUUUGCGAAUGGAUCUAGACAGAUCAGUCGGGCAACUUCAUCUAAAUCAAUCAACAGUAUAUAUGUUGCCCUUUCGGAACUUAAGUCCCGUGCUGUAUGCUCUUGUGAAACGUCUUCGUGACGGAAGGACUAAGGUAAAAGACUGCUACGGUGAGUCAAGUUGUAAAAGACUACUGUCUCUAUAUCGACAUAUCCAGAAUCCGGAAUACUGGUAACGUACUAUUUAUUUCUCUUUUGAUUCAUUAUAGAUUAUACAGCCCCUUUUUGACCGUGUCAGCAGUUGUUGCAAUCAAAUGUAUUUCAUAAAAAUCCCUUUAAUUCGGUUGAAUAGUUGAGUUAAUGCUAGUCGCAGGCAUGUCGGGCUUGCAAGUGUGGUGCCAAAGCAUCGAAUGUUGGGCUUUGUGUAUUACCGCUUAUGGGAAGACUAAGCAGUAUCCCGAUGCACCCAAUUUGCUCCAGUGCGCAU